CUCUCGCAGGGACUGGGAGCGCUGCGCGAAGCACGGGCAGUGGAGAGGGCGUUGCGCUCGGGCUACCCAAUGCAUGGACUAUCUGCAGCCGCUGCUCAUGCAAUAUGCUGGAGCUCCAGAACAGCUAAACGGAGUUGCCACACCGCUGCCUGGGCUGGAUCACAGCGCUGCCUUUCCUUAUGAAGAAGACACAAACUUGGAUUAUCACUUGCAUUUAUCUUCAACUGCUCCUAUUUAAUCCUCUCGUCAAAACUCAAGGGAUCUGCAGGAACCGUGUGACUGAUGAUGUGAAAGACGUUACAAAAUUGGUGGCAAAUCUUCCAAAAGACUAUAAGAUAACCCUCAAAUAUGUCCCCGGGAUGGACGUUUUGCCUAGUCAUUGUUGGAUAAGCGAGAUGGUGGAACAAUUGUCAGUCAGCUUGACUGAUCUUCUGGACAAGUUUUCAAAUAUUUCUGAAGGCUUGAGUAAUUACUCUAUCAUAGACAAACUUGUGAAAAUAGUCGAUGACCUUGUGGAGUGCAUGGAAGAACACUCAUUUGAGAAUGUAAAAAAAUCAUCUAAGAGCCCAGAACCUAGGCUGUUUACUCCUGAAAAAUUCUUUGGAAUUUUUAAUAAAUCCAUCGAUGCCUUCAAGGACUUGAAGAUGGUGGCUUCUAAAACUAGUGAAUGUGUGAUGUCUUCAACAUCAAGUCCUGAAAAAGAUUCCAGAGUCAGUGUCACAAAACCAUUUAUGUUACCCCCUGUUGCAGCCAGUUCCCUUAGGAAUGACAGCAGUAGCAGUAAUAGGAAGGCCUCAAAUCCCAUUGAAGACUCCAGCCUACAAUGGGCAGCCGUAGCAUUGCCAGCAUUCUUUUCUCUUGUAAUUGGGUUUGCUUUUGGAGCCUUAUACUGGAAGAAGAAACAACCAAAUCUUACAAGGGCAGUUGAAAAUAUACAGAUUAAUGAAGAGGAUAAUGAGAUAAGUAUGUUGCAAGAAAAAGAGAGAGAGUUUCAAGAAGUGUAAUUGUGGCUUGUAUCAACACUGUUACUUUCGUACAUUGGCGGGUAACAGUUCACGUUUGCUUCAUAAAUGAAGCAGCUUUAAACAAAUUCCUAUUCUGUCUGGAGUGACAGACCGCAUCUUUAUCUGUUCUUGCUACCCAUGACUAUGUGGAUGAUUCAGAAAUUGGAACAAAGUGUUUUACUGUGAAACUGGCACUGAAUUAAUCAUCUGUAAAGAAGAACUUGCACGGAGCAGGACUCUAUUUUAAGGACCUGGGGGAUUUGUGGUCUCAAUUAGAACUUGCAGCUGAUGUUGGGAGAGAAAGCACGUGUCCCAGACUGCACAUACCGUUUUGCAUGCCUCCAGAAACGUCUAAUUGUUGAAAAACCACAUAGCUUUAUUUUACAGUUACAACCUGCAGUUCAUAGUUAUCUUGGUCUCUGCAAGUAGAUUUCAGCCUGGAUAGUGGGGGGUCAUCAUUUUUACCAAAGGGAUCUAGAAAAAAUUCAAAAAACAAAAACUCAAUAGCAUCAGCCACUGUUCAUUUAGAAAGCAGUGGGAAAAGAGGGUGGGAGUAGGCGCAGGUCAGUCUUACAGCUGCUGAUCAAUGAAUGAUAUGGGUCUGAGCUUGGUCUCUUUCUGACACAGAGUGUGCUCAACCGUGUCCCACUAGACAAAUGGACAUGGUUGUCUGACUUUAGUCAUGCAGGGCAGCCAGUACUGAAUUACACCAGUGAUGCCUUUGCAGAGGAGAGACUCCGAAAGAGUCAUCACACGAAGAAGCUGUGGACACUCCAGCAGAACAGUCUGCCGAGGAGGGCAUCUGGCACCCCUGGUGAAGUCAGCCUUUGCCCUUGACCACUAUGGCGUGUACAAAUUGUGCUUGCAAAUUAUAUUACAAAAUGUUUCUGUUCUAAAACUAUUACAGAGUUAUGUAAAGGGACUUAGGAGAAAUCACUGAAUGUAUGGAGGCCGCAUUUUCAAUUUCUGCUGUGGGAGAGAGUAAAUAUAAAUUAUGAUAUUUAGUAUCUAUGGUUAGAUAACCACACUCACAUGCUAAUAUGGGUGUUGAAAACUAGGUGACUUGGCUUUUUCAAGAAUGCAGGGAAUCAGGAAACUUUAGUUAUUUAUAGUAUAAUCACCAUUAUCUGUUUAAAGGAUCCAUUAUUUAAAAUCAGGCACUCUGUAUUCAUUAAGGUUUAUGAAUUAAAAAUAAAAAGAAAGCUUUAUGUAGUUACGCAUGUCAGUUUGCUAUUAAAAUAUGCGACAGCGUUUUUGUCAUAUUGAGUGAACUUGACAGGAAUUCCCAAGAUGGACAUUGCAUUUUUAAACCAGAACUUGUAAGACAUUAAGUGAAUUUCCCUUGCCAAUUUUUUUUUUUAUUUCAAAGGAACAUCUGACUAAGGUCAAAGAAUGAUUUCUUUUGGCUUAUUUUGAUCAAGAUUCUUUUAAUAUAUCACAAACGUACACAUAAAGGAAUCCAAAGCUUUCCAUUCUAACUUGAUCCUUGUGAUAGCAUCAUUGCCAUGUCUAUCACCGUCACAUGACUAUUUUCAAUGCAGUGAUAGAGAAGGGCAUGAAAACUGCUAUCUUUCCUUUGUUUUCAAAAGUCCAAGAACUUGUAGUAGAGUUGGAUUUUAGCUUAUGUUCAAAGCUAAUUCAAAUACAACUCUAGUAAGUGGCCUUUGCUCUUUUUUAUACCAAAGAGCUCAGAUGAUUUCUACGAUCCCUUCUCUAAAGUGCUGUGGGGCUUCCCUGGUGGCGCAGUGGUUGAGAGUCUGCCUGCCAAUGGAGGGGACACGGGUUCGAGCCCUGGUCUGGGAAGAUCCCACAUGCCGCAGAGCAACUAAGCCCGUGAGCCACAACUACUGAGCCUGCGCGUCUGGAGCCUGUGCUCCGCAACAAGAGAGGCCGCGAUAAUAAGAGGCCCGCGCACCGCGAUGAAGGGUGGCCCCCACUUGCCACAACUAGAGAAAGCCCUCGCACAGAAACGAAGACCCAACACAGCCAAAAAUAAAUUAAAAAAAUAAAUAAAUAAAGUGCUGUGGUUCCUCAAACACUAGUCAUGUCUCUAAGAUACAACCCAGAUGCUUUGGGAAGCUGCAUUAAUUUAUUCAGUCCCUCAAAUAUCCCAUGGUACAACUGAUUAUAUAUAAUAAAACCAGAGAUCAAUUUAAUGGCUGAAAGGACCUGUCUCAGUGUGUGAUAUUGAUUGUUUAGAAGAAAAUAGACAUAGAUUAACAUGAGUAUGUGUGUAGGUCAUGUGUCGAUUGAGAAGAUUGAUACUUCUCAAUCUAAUAGUUUGUUUCAGCAAUGGGUUCAGUUUUUGUAAGUAUGUAAAAAUGCUGCUUAAUGAGCUUUAGAGUAUAAUAGAUGUACUUUUGUUCUCAAAGCUGGUAGCUGGGUUUUAACACACAAGGACAUGGUCCUAAUCGAUAGAGUUAAAUAAACAAAUUCAGCAAGUUAUGAAAUCUGGCAUGGUAGGCGAAGGGAGAUGUAUUCUGCCUAAUUAAAUGUAUUGGUUCAUUGAGAGUUGUGUGGAUUACCAAUUUUUAAAACACUAAAAUUCAGUAAAAUACACGAACAAUAGAAAAAUGCUGAACAUUACUUUGGUUGGUAGUUGCUUGGGAAUGAACUGUCAUAUCUACUUGGAGAUUAAUAUAUAUAUAUAUACACAUAUAUGUCUUUGCUUUAUUUUAUCCAAUAUGUGUUCUGAACAUCCUUUAUAAAUCAUGGAAAACUCACAACUGACAUCUUAAACUGUAAAAUCACCUUUUAAAUUGGUGCCAUGUAUCUGAUAGUUCUCUUUUGUAAUGUUUCAAAAUUGUCUUUUAAACUGGUUUCAGAAGUCUGCAGAUUCUAAAUUAUACUUUAGUAUAAAGUAUAAUUAAGCUUCGUACCUCUGUGGUAGAACCCAAAUCUAUAGAGAAACUGGCACUGAUAAACGGUGCCUGCCCUGUGAUAUCAAAGCGUUGCUGGAUUUUGUAUUAUAAUCUGAUGUGCUUACCACACAGCCAGUUUCUAAUGAGUCAGAAACUCAGAAAUAAAAAAAGUUAUUUUUUUCAAUACUUUAAUAGAACAAGUACCCUAUUCUCUUUGAAAAGGAUUAACUAUGUGAAAAAUGACAAUGUAUGAUAAAGUAUGUUCACAAUGAAAUAUCUGCUUUUAGUAAGAAUUAAAGUACUUUGGAGAAACUUUGUGGCAUAUUUUGGUAUUCUAAUACAAAUGAAGUUUUAAAUUAAUAGAAAAAUCCAUUCAGAAUUCAUGGAUAUUUCUUAAUGUUUUUCUGAAGCUAGGUUCUGGUUUCAAAAUGUAAUUCCAGUAUGGGGCUUUUAGCCAUUCCCUACCUAUUCUAAUUUAACUAAGAAAUAUAUUUUUCAAGAAGGCAGUUUGACAUAGUGGGAUGGAUGUUAGGAAAAAUUGUCAGGAGCUUCCACUCUGCCAUUAACAGGUAUUGGUAAAUCACUGCCCUUCUUUGGCUCUCAAUUUUUAUUUAUCUAUAUGGUGAAGUCAGGUCAUACCAUAGGUAUGAGAGAAACCUAUUGAUAUGUGACUGACAAAGAUGAUAAAAUAGAGCUGAAACUAUCACAUAUAAAAUAUCCAACUCUGAUCUCUGUGAAUAAGCAAUUUGAACAUAAAAAGCUAUGGCUGUUCUUGUUUGUAAUGUAAAUAGGGUCCAUUCGUAAAAGUGAAAAUCAGUCUCCUGUAGGGUGAGUCGGAUAACCACUUACACAAGAGAUGGCUUUUUCCUUUGCUUAAAUAAACAUUUUUGGAUCACCUCUGAAGAAUGAAAACCAAGAGUACAUUUUACCCAGGAAAAGAUAAGAUGUGUGUAACAUUUGGAAGUAUACCAAAUUAAGCAUUUAAAUGCUCUCAUUUUCUUAAAAGCUAAGAGCAGAAAAUGUAAGAUGCUUAUAAAGUUGUUAAGUGCAAAAAGGUACUUUAGAAUCCAUUUGGAGAUGGGUAAACCAUAAAUUAUAUUUCAGUUGGAAUAUAUUUCAGUUGAAUUGGAAAAUGGGAUAAGAAUUUUAAAGAAAGCCAGCUUGUUUUGAAACAGUAUUAUUCUGACAUUGGCAUUAAAAUAUAAACAUUCAGAUUGAAAUUCCAACCACUUUAUUUGUGGUGUUUGAUCACACAGUUUAUGGUGUUGCUGGAAAUGCCUUUGUCUGUAAAGAUAAAAUAAUGGUUCUUUCAUUUCCUAACAAGAUACUGUUUUGAAAUAAUCCAUAUUAAAAUGGAUAUUCUUGAUCCUAAAAUGUUUCCUAAGCAUUGUAUAUGUAUUUAUAACCGCCGUCUCCAAUUACAUCUUAAUUAUGUUGUUUUUUAAAAUAAAAUUGUUUAAACUAAAAACCAUAGUAUUUUCAGUUACUUGAUUUCUGAGCUAUGACUCACUAAAUAAAAAUUUCCAAUCAAAAUACCCUAUUCUCCUAUAUUCUAAGGAUUAAUGUGUGAUUAUAGUGUCCACUUGCCACUAUUUUUUAAAUCAAUGGACUUAAAGUAUUCAGACAUUUAGAUGGAUGCACAGAUAUAUUGCUAGUUCAGUCAUAGAUUGGAGUUUGCAUAUUGUAAUGUAAAUGUAUGUCAACAUUAUUCUAUAGUUUUAUUAUGACUGAAGUUUAAUUAAAUAAAAAAGGUUGUAAAAUGUGAUGUGUAUGUGUAUGUACUGUAUGUGUACUUUUUAAAAUAGGUUUAUGUCCUGACCCUUUUUUAUACAGGUUUGAAUUUGAAAUUACAUUAUAUAUACACAUACUUUAUUGUUCUAAAUAAAGAAUUUU